AAACUCUGGAAGGAGAACAGAAGCAUCAGAUGAGGAACAACGUUUUCUUCAGGCUGCAGAUCAUCAGAGAUCUAAACUGACUUCAGAUCUUCAUCGCUUCACUUCAGCCCAGCAGUGAUGAUGAAGAUGUCUUCAGUCCUCCUCCUCCUCCUGGCUCCAAUGUUAGCUAGCUGCUUUGUGCGCUACCUGCCAGAAGACUGCAUGGACAUCCACAACCAGGACAAGACAUUGAAAAGUGGAGUGUUCACCAUCUACCCCUUUGGUCCCACGUCUGCUGUGGAGGUCUACUGUGACAUGGAGACUGAUGGAGGCGGCUGGAGUGUUUUCCAAAGGAGGAUGGACGGCACUGUGAACUUCUACAGACCCUGGAACAAGUAUAAGUAUGGUUUUGGUAGAGCUUCUGGAGAGUACUGGCUCGGUCUGGAGACCAUCUAUGCGAUGACACGCCGGGGGACUCAUGAGCUUUGGGUCAACAUGGAGGAUUUCAAUGGAUACAAAGUAUAUGCUCGUUACUCCUCCUUCUCAAUCGAUGCUGAGAGUGAUGGAUACACCCUGCAUGUUUCUGGAUUCACCAACGGUGGUGCCG